CUCUGUGUUUCCGCAGCUGCUGCCCGUCACUCACUCAGUCUUUUGGCAGAAGGUCGGUGGGUAAAAGGACGCCGGACUUGUCACCGUGAAGCAGUCAGCCAUGAAGCUUCAGCAUGCAGCUCUGGCCACCGUGUUCCUGCUCGCUCUGCUCUCAUCUGAGUGCUGGGGCAGGAACGAGGAGGAGCGUCUGAUCAACUACCUGAUAAAAGAAAAGGGAUACAACAAGGAGCUGCGUCCUGUUGAGAGGCAGCAGGACGUGGUGGACGUUUAUCUGGCACUCACACUCUCCAACCUCAUCUCUCUGAAAGAAGUAGACGAGACGCUGCUGACGAAUGUAUGGAUAGAGCACACGUGGACUGACUACCGGCUGUCGUGGAAUACGACAGAGUUUGACGGCAUCGAGGUGCUUCGUCUGCCGCCCAACAUGGUGUGGCUGCCGGAGAUUGUGCUGGAGAACAAUAAUGACGCCCAGUUCCAGGUGGCCUACUACUCCAACGUACUGGUGGAUUCUACUGGUCUCUGCUACUGGUUGCCUCCUGCCAUCUUCCGCUCCUCCUGCUCCAUCAACGUCAACUACUUCCCCUUCGACUGGCAGAACUGCACGCUCAAAUUCACCUCUCUGACCUAUAAUGCUAAAGAGAUCAGGAUGCUGCUGAAGGAAGACGCGGAUGAAACCAACAAAUGGACGGUGGAGUGGAUCAUCAUCGACCCUGCUAGCUUUACAGAGAACGGCGAGUGGGAGAUCAUCCACCGGCCGGCCAAGAGAAACACCUACAAGCACGUUCCCAUGGAGAGCAACAAGCACCAGGACAUCACCUUCUACCUGACCAUCAAACGAAAACCUCUCUUCUACAUCGUCAACAUCAUCAUCCCCUGUGUGCUCAUCUCCUUCCUGGCCUCGCUCGUCUACUACCUGCCCGCUGACAGUGGUGAGAAGAUGACCUUGUCCAUCUCGGUGCUGCUGGCUCAGUCUGUCUUCUUGCUGCUGAUCUCUCAAAGGCUGCCGGAGACUUCGAUGUCUGUUCCACUUAUUGUCAAAUAUCUGAUGUUCAUCAUGGUGUUGGUGACGGUGGUGGUGUUGAACUGCGUGGUCGUCCUCAACCUGCACUUCAGGACACCGAGCACACACGUUAUGUCUGAUUGGACCAAGAAGUUCUUCCUCGAGCGGCUGCCCCGCCUCCUCCGUAUGUCCCGCCCCGCAGAGGCGGAGCCAUACUGGGAUGGAGUGUUGCCACGGCGAUCCAGCUCAGUGGGCUACAUCGCCUCGGCGGAGGAGUACUACAGUGUCAAGUCCCGCAGCGAGCUGAUGUUUGAGAAACAGUCAGAGAGACACGGACUGAUGACAAGAACCACACACGCAGCACUUGUGAAGCCACAGGAGGACGGAGGUGUGACAGAUCAGCUGUAUGCAGAGAUCAAGCCAGCUGUGGACGGAGCGAACUACAUCAUCAAACACAUGCGCAACAAGAACGACUACAACGAGGAGAAAGAUAACUGGAGUGGGAUCGCUCGUACGGUGGACCGACUCUGUCUCUUCCUGGUUACCCCGGUGAUGACCUUCGGCACCAUCAUCAUCUUCCUGAUGGGAAUCUGUAACCACCCUCCACAUCUGCCCUUCAAAGGAGACCCCCACGACUACAGAGAGGAAAACCCACGCCUGCUGUGACACACAGAUUAAUCUCCAGUGUUCAAAUCCAAAAGUUUGUUGCUUCUUAAUUGUUUUUGUUGGACAACUCUUCAGGUACAUAGCUGUGUGUGUUUUCUUAAAUUUGAAGUGAAAAACAAAGACAGUUAAUUGCAGUUUUAAUUGUAUUUGUGUGGUUUGAAUAAAUGUUUACACUCAGCAGA